CAGGAAAUGGCAAACUCCCAGUAUGAGGCAAAGCAUUCCCAUUGCAGCAAUUGGUCCGCAGGAGCUAUAAAUUGGUCUCCUCCAGAAACAGAUCAAAACUUGUCUUUGGGGAGGUCUGCUGGAAACUAAAGAAACCAUGGAGAGAAACGGUGCUGCCUUUCCCCAAACACUAGACCCCACGCAUCACUUCCACAUAAAGCUACUGGAUCAGAGACAGAAGCUGCGUGGCCAAAUUGCUCACCUUCACAAAGUAGCUCGUAAACUCAACAAGCUCCGCAAAAGGUCCCUGAUUGCCAACGUCAGUGGGAGCACCCUGACUGCCGCAGGAGCAGUCACAGCCAUCGUGGGGCUGUCCCUCAGCCCGGCGACGCUGGGGGCCUCUCUCCUGGCGUCGGCUGUGGGUCUGGGUCUGGCCACUGCUGGAGGGGCCAUCAGCAUCAGCUCCGAUCUGUCCUUAGUGCUCUGCAAUUCCCGAGAGGUGAGGAAGGUGCAGGAAAUUGCAAUGACUUGUCGGAAACAGAUGAGGGAAAUCCUUGGCUGCCUGGAGUUCCUCCGACGGGGGCAGGGCCCGGGGGACCCCACGCUGCGCCAGUCAGAGAAGAGAGCCUCCAUCUCCUUGUACAACUCCAUCUGCUUCAUGGUCUUCUGUGGCUCCCACAGCUUCCUCGUGCCAGAAUACACAAAGGAGGUCACAAAAGUGAGCCAGGCUGUGCUGAAGGCCAAAAUCCAGAAGCUGGCUGCCAACCUUGAGACCUGCACCAGGGCAAUGGAUGAAGUCUGUGAACUUCUUGAAUCUAGGACAGAGUUUUCCCCACAGACAAGGAGGCUCAACUUGGGUGCUAAAACCACUGAUGAGACCCCCGGAGCAUCCAGCUGAAACAGCGUUUGCCACUUAAUUAAAACUGGGCUUGGAGACUUUACAGUAUUAAUUGUCACUGUUAGUACUGUUACCUGUUGCUGUUGUAAUAUUGGUGGUGCUCACCCACACAGGUGUGCACAUCUCUCGCGUGCCUUAUUUAUAUCUGAACACAACUCCUUCAUGAUAGGAAGCUAAAGCUUAUGCAUGUACAUAC